CUGGUUUUGUCAACCUAGCCACAAGGAGGGAGCACUGCUCCUAGCAGUUCCAUGGAGAUCUCAAAGCUCUCUCACAAAAAUCUCAGGUACAAUGGUCAUAAUAGUCAAAGUUUGAAUCUUUAUUUCUUCAAGUCAAAUAUUCAUGGUUAUCUUCGAGGUUACAAGACACCAUCCUUUAAUGUUUAUAAGGAAAUGGGAACUGGUAGGGUCAGACCAAGGGCAAUGCAAAAGCAAGUAGGAUAUAUUAUUGAUUUGAUUAAGAGGGAUGAUUAUGAUUUGGAGUACAAGUUGGGUUCUUUGAGUGUAAAGCUAUCUAUUGCUUCUGUGACUCUGGUUUUUCAUGUCUUGAAUAGUGAAAAGGUGUCUGCUUUGCGUUUCUUUCGUUGGAUUAGACAUUGGCAGCCUGAAUUGAGAUGUAAUUCUGAUAUUUGUAGCUUGGUUAUUGACAAUUGUGGGCGUUUAGAUGAUUAUGAUGCUAUGAGGAGUCUUUUGAAUGAGUUUAACGAGAACCGGUUAUGUCUAACCAAAAAGGCAUUCGAAUUCUUACAUGUCAUGAAUGUUACAAAUGAGUCCUUGGUGGAAUCCACACAGAGAGUGAUUGACUUGUUGCGUGAAGUUAGAGGGUCUUGUCAUGGUUGGGUUCCCUCAUUGAUCGAAAUGUUCAGUGUUUUGGGAUCCUUUGACAUGGUUGAGUUUGUGAUGAAGAAAACUGAGAGGAAGAUUUCUUAUUACUAUAUUUUUAUCAGGGAAAUGUGUCGGAGAUGUGAUUUUAAAGGGGUGAGAGAUAUUCAGGAUGAGAUGAGGAAAGAGGGCUUUGAACUGAAUUCCCGAAUUUACAAUUAUCUAAUUAGCUGUUUGCUUAAGAACGGUGAAUAUGAUGAUGCUUGCAAGGUAUUGACGGAAAUGCAGGACAAGGACUGCCCUCCUGAUGCAUUAACCUUUGAAAUUUUUAUAUAUUACUGCUGCAAUAACGGCAAGACUGAAAUUGCAUGUCACUAUUUUGAUGAGAUGGUGGCAAGGGGUCUUGAACCUCGGCUUUCAACACAUGCUGCCUUUAUCAAGGGUUUUUUCAACUCUGAGCAAUACGAGGAGGCAUAUAAGUACGUGGUUGAUUCAGAUAAGAAGUACAAGUGCACAAGCUGCAUGAAUUACAGCUUGCUUGCGAGGCUUCAUCAGAAAAGAGGAAAUCUGGUGAUUGCCCAAAAUAUUCUUUCUGAAAUGAUCAAGAAAGGUCUUAGACCAUAUUUUAAAGUGUAUAUGAAGGUUUUCAACUGCCUCAAGAAAUCCGGCAGGGAAACGCUAGCCAUAGAUUUGCAAGAGCAGUUUCAUCAGCUUCAUUCGAAGGCUUAAUAAGCAUGUAGGAGCAUUUUCAGCUGAAACAGUAAGGAUUUUACUCUCCGAUUUGACGUUUCAGCAAUGGCCUGCCAAGAGUCUUUACUAGCCUUAGUACUGCUGGGUAGCGUUCUGUUAGACUGGAAGUACCAAAGUCAGAAAAGGAAAAUAGAAAACAAGUAUAUGCUGUGAAUGUGGGAGUCAAUAUGAUUGUGUUUUUCUUUAUCUGAUGACAUUGAGGUGAACACUGCUUCUGUAACUCAACUUAUUGCUAGCUUGUUCUAUACUUAAAAGUUCCAGCAAUUUUAAUUUGCUCUUUAGCUCCAUGUCUACAUUAACUUUUAGAACAUGGCUAUUUUCUUGCUUGCAGGAUUAUUUGUUUGUUUCCUUGUAUUUGAAACUGUGACCGAGGAAGAGCUAAAACAACUGGAGAUCUAGGAGGAUGAAAGAUCUGCACCUGUAAUUCUUGUCAAUCAGCACUCACAAGUUUCUCAAAUGUGCCGACCAAUUCAUUUGCAAUCUAAGGGAAUAUUCAUGUUCCAGAGAGGAGCACUGAGAAUGUGUAAUGAUUUUGAUGUGGCUUAGAGGCAAAGAAGAAUUCAAGUCUGGAGAAACAUGAACCUCUCAUGAUUGCAUAGAGGAGUGCAGUGGUAAAGUGCAGUAUUUUGUUGCAUAAAAGAUCGAAGCUUCUUCCAACAGCACAUCCUUGCUCGAGGCUUGCCCUCAGUUGGUUUUCUCUGGACGCAGAAUGCAUGUCAUGGACACGAUGGAUGAGCACUAGUGGAUAUGUAUGCUUCAAGAAAGUGACAAGUGAGGUGUGUUUGAUGCAUGUUGUGCAACCUUUCACCAUCUCACGUCCUGGCUGAUCGGGACUAGUUGAAAACACUAGUCUUUUUAUGCCUCAACAAACAUAGAGAUCUCUCCCACUACGGAUUUUUCUAUUCUAUUGUGGAGCACAUAAAAUGAAUGGCUUGCUCAAUGUGGAAGCCAUCUCAGCAUUGCGGUCAUUCUGUAGCAAUAUUUCUUUUACGACGAGGAAAAGUUGGUCGCGGUCAGAAUUCCAUAUUUAGGAUAUCGAAGGCAGAUGUAUUUUCCCAUCUUUUCUUAUUUUUCCAGGAAACCUUUGUGUACCCCAAGUAUCAUUCUUCGGACAGGACAAGUGUAAGAAAUUAGAUUUCUAUUUUAUUUCAUAAUAGUUACAGCUCUAAUCUAA